AUGGAGAAGCAACAUACAGACCCCCCUCCCGGGGUGACCCCCGAAUUAGACGAUCUAAAACUGAAGGAAGAAGCAACCCUGGCCCGGGAUGUCGGUCUGGGACAAGUCUUGGAGGUGGAAGCCACCCCAGAGCAGGAACGAAAGGUUCUGCGAAAGCUGGACAUAAUAUUGAUUCCUCUGAUGGGAGUCUGCUACAUGAUGCAAUACAUGGACAAGCUGGCUUUGAGUCAAGCUACCCUGUUCAAUCUCCGGCAGGAUCUGAACCUCAAGGGACAAGAAUAUACCUGGACAUCUGCAGUCUUCUAUUUCGGGUAUUUUGCCUGGAGCUGGCCCAGCUCGUAUCUCAUCGUCCGUCUGCCAAUUGGCAAAUACAUUAGUGCCUCAGUAUUAAUAUGGGGAGGCAUCCUAAUGUGCCACGCCGCAGCAAAGAACUUCGGGGGCUUGAUGGCUGCCCGAUUCUUCCUAGGAGUGGGUGAAGCCGCCAUUGCCCCGGGAUUCUCCCUCAUCACAGGCAUGUUCUACAAGCGUGAGGAACAGCCAGCACGGCAAUCGGCCUGGUUCCUCGGAAACUGCAUCUCCACCGUCAUCGGCGGUGUCGUAGCCUACGGAAUUGGCAGCAUCAAAACCGACGCCGUAUCUAGCUGGCAACUCCUUUUCCUCGUCCUCGGCGCCAUUACAGCAUUCAUCUCCUUCUUUCUCAUCUUCCUUCUCCCCGACUCCCCAAAGAAAGCCAUCUUCCUCACCAAACCCGAGCGCGCCAUCGCCAUGCACCGCACCCUCGCCAACAAAACCGGUGUCGCGGACGAGGGAUCAUUCAGAUGGGACCAAGCCUGGCAGGCACUCCGCGACCCUCAAACCUGGUUCUUGGUUUUGUACACCUUCUCCGUGAACCUCUGCAACGGCGGAAUCACAAGCGUAAUCCUCCUCUCCCCCCUACUACACGUACCAACCCUCAUCGAACUAACAAAAACCAACCAGUUCUCCUCCAUAAUCAUCAACGGCUUCGGCUUCUCCCAAAUCCGCUCCCUCCUCAUGCAAAUGCCUCUCGGCGGCGCCCAAGUCGUCUUCCUCAUCCUCACCGCCGGCAUCGCAACCUUCGUCCCACACACCCGAAUCCUCAUGAUGGUCUUCAACACCCUCACCUCCCUGAUCGGCAUGAUACUCGUCUGGAAGCUCGACGAAGAUAACCGUCGAGGCAGACUCACGGGACUGACCCUGGGUGCUGUCUUCGCUGUCAAUAUUCCCCUCUCAUUGAGCAUCAUCAGUUCGAAUGUCGCCGGGUUCACAAAGAGAAGUACUACCAGCGCAUUGUUAUUUGUUGCAUACUGUGUGGGGAAUAUUGUCGGGCCGCAGUUCUUUUAUACCUCCGAGGAGCCUUAUUAUCCGACGGGUAUGAAGGCGGCUACUUCGGGACUGGCGUUGGGGGCAUUCUUUCUGGUGUGUUUGCUGGUGUAUUAUAUCUGGGAGAAUAAGAGGAGGGAUAGACUGUAUGGAGUUCCGGGCCAGAUGACGGAAAGUCAGGAGUUGGCGUUGGGGUUGUCGAGUAAGACGGAUUUGGAGAUUGAGGAUUUUAGAUAUGUUGUGUAG